CAUGGCGAGGAGCACCCAACAACCACUGCUCUCUCUCAUUUUUAUUCUGCGUUGGAGUAAGAAGCAAUCAAGAGAUGGUCGUGAGCGGCCCGGAGAGGAAUAAGAAAGAUCUGGCAGUUGAUGACGAGAGAAUGGUGUUGCAAUAAACACAGAUUUCUUGUGGUGACCCAUGGGCGAUGGCACGCAGGGGAUGACUGAUCGGAU